AUGACUUCGGUGUCCGGCGCCGGUUACCAGUCGAAGAAACAAGGAACAUUCGACCCGUUGAACCAAGGACAUGGCCCCGCCCCUGCGCUGGCAGAGAAGUCUGACAACGGUCCAGAAUAUCUCGCAAAGGAGAUGGAACGGCAGGUACACGCGAUGAUGGAGGAAAGUGCCAGCGCGUGUGUUUCGGGAGACUUUCCCCAAGCCCUAGAGAAGGCCAAAGAAGCUGACAAGAAAGAGAAGGCCUUGUGCAAGCAGAGGGAAAGGUACGGCCUGGUGGACCAAAUCAACCUCGACCUCACCUAUGCGGUUUGCUUUAACCUGGCCAACUGCUACCACCAGAAUGGCAUGAAGAAAGAGGCCUUGCGAGAGUACAGCGCUAUCGUGAAGAACAAACAGUACCCACAGGCUGGACGACUUCGGGCGAACAUGGGUAAUAUCUACUACGAGCAGCGUGAAUACCCGGAGGCAAUAAAGCACUACAGAAUGGCACUGGAUCAGGUUCCCAACACCGGAAAAGAAGUGCGCUUCAAGAUCAUCCGCAACAUUGGGACUGCCUUUGUGCGCAUGGGGCAAUUCCAGGACGCGAUCGGUCAGUAUGACACAAUCAUGCAGGGAAAUCCCGACCACCAGACCGGCUUCAAUCUAGUCCUGUGCUACUACGCUCUGGAAGAUGGACUUUCGAUGAAGAAGGCGUUCCAACGGCUUGCAGCUAUUCCAGUUCAGGGAACCACCGAAGACGACGACGACGAGGACGAGUCCAAGGCGGCGGAUGAGGCUGAGAUCACAGGACAGGCGGCGCCAGACAAGCUGCGGGCAGAGCUUCAGAGGCGAAAAAAAGAAGCAGAACACUACGUCUUUACGGCGGCAAAGCUCAUAGCUCCGGUGAUGGACAAGAAAGACUGGGAAUCAGGAUACGACUGGGUGGUGGAGACGAUCAAGUUGGACCACGAGUACCUCGCGUCCAAGAUGGAAGUCGAGAAGGCCCUGCACUACCUCAAGACCAAAGAAUUUGAUAAGGCAAUCGAGCACCUGAAGGCGUUCGAGAAGAAAGAUCAGCACCUUAAAGCAAUGGCGGCCACCAACCUCGCAUUCAUCUACUUCCUCGAGGGUGAAUUCAAGAGCGCUGAGUCGUACGCAGAUAUGGCAAUCCGGCACAACCGGUACAACGCCAAGGCUCUUGUUAACAAGGGGAACUGCUUGUUCAUGUCGAAGGAGUAUGAGCGCGCGAAAGAAAUAUUCCUUGAGGCUAUCGGGGUCGAGGUGGACUGCGUGGAGGCAAUCUACAACCUGGGUCUGGUCAACAUUCAGUUGGGCCUCCCUGGCGACUCUCUCCAGGCUUUCGAAAAGCUCCACACGAUCAUCCCGAACAACACGGAGGUCAUCUAUCACAUAGCGAACCUAUAUGAGGCUCACAUGGAGAACCUCCCGCAGGCGUCGAAGUGGUUCAACAUCUUACUUGCACGCGUUCCGACUGACCCAGGCAUCUUGAGUCGAAUGGGGCACAUCGCGAACAAGGAAGAUGAUGAUAGCCAGGCAUACUUCUACCAUAAAGAGAGCUACCGGCAUUAUCCUGUCAACUUGGACGUGAUAUCGUGGUUGGGCGUGUGGUACGUGAAGAGCGAGCUUUACGAGAAAGCAAUACACUACUUUGAGACUGCGGCACAGAUUCAGCCCACGGAGGUAAAAUGGCGAUUGAUGGUCACGAGCUGUUUCCGCCGUAUGGGGAACUACCAGAAGGCGCUGGAGCUCUAUGAGCAAAUCCACACCGAGUACCCGGAAAACCUCGAAUGUCUUCGCUACCUAGUGGCAAUUUGCCGAGAUCACGACCGACCAUUCCAACACUAUCAGCAUAAGCUAGCACGAUUGGACAGGGCGACGCCUGGAAGGGGUCCAAGCACGGCCACGACAGAGGUGGCCAAUCCUGGUGAGCCUGACCCAAAUCCAGGAAGAGAGAAGCGAUGGUCUGGCGGAGACCGGCGGGGAUCCGAGCAACGAAACGCUGGAGGGUCCGAUUCUGGCAGUGGAUCUCCCGCAAACGCACCAAACGCCCGUGUUGUGGAACGAGAAGGCGUAGGAGCGGACCGAGGGAGGGGGGAUGAAGAGUUCGGCGACGCCAACGUGAACGACCUCCUCGCCUAAUAUCCUGGAGCGGGGAGCUAUGUGCGAACCACAAGCAAGCAUGGUUAUGGCGCGAUGGAUUGGAAUUAUACGCGUUAUGGUGUGUCGUGGAACGCAGCUGUUGCAAGCGGCGAACUGGCGAUACGAGCGUGGUUUCGACCCGAGCAAGUACAAAAAAGUGCUCUGGUUCAGGGUACACGCUGGCGCCGUGUUGGCGGGGGUGUAUGAACUUCAUGUUGCGACGCAACUUGGUAUCCGAUCCUCCAGGACUCUUUUUCACCUCUCCGUACGUUUAGCUAGUGUCAUGUAGACUCGAAAUCGACGUGCUUACAGGAUACUGGAAUAUCUAAACUGAAAAAGGCAAGACACGCCUACUUCGAGGUUAGCGU